ACGUUUCUGCUGCAAUGAAAGAAAGAAAGAAAGAAAGAAAGAAAGAAAGAAAGAAAGAAAAAAGAAAUCCGGAAAAGAGAGCAAAAAAUGUCGGCGCAAAAGUGGAAAAAAAAAAUCAUCAAAAAGUGUUGAAAGCGCGCGCUCGGUUCCUUAUUAGGCGAAGAUACAAUAUUUAUUCCGUGUCUCCAGGGAUGAGGCUCCUUCUCUCUCUAUUGUCCUCCCAUUCCUCAAUGCUGAUGCUUAAUUUUCAAAACUUCUAUAUUACCAAGGGACCUACGACAUCAGCCGGAGAAAAACCCCGGCAAGUACAUAAUCCGAGCCAGGGAGCCGCUCGGUGCAGUGGGGAGAGACACGCGCGCGCACUUUGCACCGACACCGACUCCGACAGGCCACGAUUUCACCAGUUUUUCCGGCGGAUUUUUGUCUCGUCUCUGUCCUUCCUUUCUUUUCUUUCCUUCCUUCUUUCUUUGCUGAGUUUAAUUCGGGCGGCGCGAGCGAGGAUAAUCCGGGGAGUUUUGUCGGAAGCGCGAGAAUGUCAGCCACCUUUCCGGGACUGGUUCAUGAUGCGGAGAUACGUCACGACGGAUCAAACAGCUACCGUUUGAUGCAGCUCGGCUGCCUGGAGUCAGUGGCCAACUCGUCGGUGGCUUACUCGUCCUCGUCUCCUCUCACGUACCCGGCCACCGGGACCGAGUUCGCGUCGCCGUACUUCCCCGCCAACCACCAGUACACGCCCCUGCACCACCAGUCUUUCCACUACGACUUCCAGCACGGGCACCACGCGGCCGUGAACGCCGACGCGUACUACUCGCAGCAGUACUACCAGCAGCUGCACCAUCACGGCGAGCCGACCGACUUCAUCAACCUGCACGGCGCGCGCGCGCUCAAGUCGUCGUGCCUGGACGAGCAGCGGCGCGAGCUGGGCUGCCUGGACGCCUACCGACGCCACGACCUGUCGCUCGUGAGCCACGGCUCGCAGUACGGUGUGCACCCCGAGCAAAGACUGCUGCCGGGGGCCGGUCUGGGGCUUCCGCCGCCGGGGGCUGAUGACCUACAGGGAUCCGUGGACGCGCAAUGCGGGCUCAUGUUGAACGGACAAGGCGGGGUUAUCCGGCGAGGAGGCACGUGUGUGGUGAACCCUACAGAUCUGUUCUGCUCCGUCCCUGGCCGUCUCUCUCUCCUCAGCUCUACCUCCAAAUACAAAGUGACCAUAGCGGAAGUCAAGCGGCGACUCUCUCCUCCAGAGUGUCUCAAUGCCUCGCUGCUGGGGGGCAUCCUCAGGAGAGCGAAGUCUAAAAAUGGCGGCCGGUGCCUCAGAGAGAAGUUGGACAGGUUGGGGCUGAAUCUCCCAGCAGGCCGCAGGAAAGCCGCCAACGUCACACUGCUCACGUCUUUAGUGGAAGGUGAAGCGCUACAUCUGGCACGGGAUUUUGGCUACACCUGCGAGACAGAGUUUCCCACUAAAGCUGUGGGCGAACAUCUGGCACGGCAGCACACAGAACCUAAAGAGCAGAACGCCCGCAAGAAAAUGGUGCUGGCCACCAAGCAGAUCUGUAAGGAAUUUCAAGAUUUGUUAAGUCAGGAUCGUUCUCCGUUGGGUUCUUCGAGACCGACGCCAAUCCUGGAUUUAGAUAUUCAGAGACAUCUAACGCAUUUCAGUCUGAUCACACACGGUUUCGGCACGCCGGCGAUCUGCGCCGCUCUCAGCACCUUCCAGACGAUCCUCAGUGAAAUGCUGAACUACCUGGAGAAGCACUCGGCCAAUAAGAGCACGGGAACGCCCGACAGCGGCCAGAUCAACUCCAACUCUGAAAAGACGCAGCUACGCAAAACGAACGAGACGCCGUCAAAAGAUGGGAAAAUGGAGAAAACCGAAUGACUCCACCCCUUUCUUUUUCUUCUCUCUCUCU